CACUCCAGUACAGUAGGCGGCGGUAAUGCACCUUAACGUUGGAUGCCAACCGCCGAUAAAUCCCACCGAAGAAGUAGAAGCCAUUUCGCCAUUACACGCCAGGAAGAGAGGCCAUAAAGGUUUGCUAAAACAACGGUUAAAAGAAAUAGGGCGAUGGCAGACAGUGAUGAUGAAUAUGAUCGCAGAAGGAGAGACAAGUUCCGUCGUGAGAGGAGCGACAACUAUGACCGCUCCCGAGAGAGAGAGGACAGGCGUAGGGAUGACUGGAAUGACAGGCGCCCAUCUGCCAGGGAGUGGGACAGGGGCAGGGAGCGUCGUAGCCGGGGGGAGUAUCGGGACUACGAGAGGGGUCGAAGGGAGAGGUUCUCCCCACCCAGGCACGACAUGAGUCCCCAACAAAAACGCAUGAGGAGAGACUGGGAUGACCAUGGUGGAGAUCCCUACCAUGGGGGGUAUGACUUGGGUUAUGGUGGUGGUGGAGGCCCCAGUUACGCUCCUCCACAGCCCUGGGGCCACCCUGACCUGCACCUCAUGCAGCCUCACCAUGGUAUCCCCAUCCAGGCAAGGCUAGGUAACAUCCAUGAUAUGGACCUGGGCCCACCGCCUCCAGUGAUGAAGAGCUUUAAGGAGUUCCUGCUGUCCCUGGAUGACUCUGUGGAUGAGACUGAGGCAGUUAAGCGUUAUAAUGAGUACAAGAUAGACUUCCGACGUCAGCAGAUGCAGGACUUCUUCCUUGCUCACAAAGAUGAAGAGUGGUUCCGAUCCAAGUACCACCCAGAUGAGGCGGGCCGGCGGAAGGCGGAGUCCCACAGUGCCCUGCAGAACCGGCUGAAUGUCUACAUGUUCCUAAUGGAGAACAGCUGGUUCGACACGGUCUCGCUGGACAUAGAGAAGUCCCAGGCUAUCAUGAAGGUCUUGGAUGCAGCUGUGAUAAAGAUGGAGGGAGGGACAGAUUAUGACCUGCGCAUCCUGGAGCUUCCGUCUGAGGAGGAAGAGGAAAGAGGGAGAGCUGACAGGGCGGCAGCUGGGGGUCCGGGAACUGAGCCCCCCAAAAAAGAGGAGCCUAAGGAUAUGGACAAUGACAGCAAACCCCCAGCUGACAAAGAGAAGGGGGAGAAUGAUGCCUGCAGCAUGGAGAAGGGUGCAAACGGUGGUGGUGAGGCAGCAGAAGGAGGGAGUGAGGGAGAAGAGGAGGAGGAGGAAGGAGAAAAAGAGACGAAAAGCAAAGAGGUUGUGCCUGAGCCUAAGAAGCUGAGUAAGAAGAGGAAGAGGAAGCACAGUGGAGACAGUGAAGAUGAGGCCAGUGCCUCUGAGAGUGACUCAGACUCCGACUCCAACUCCCAUCAUUCCUCUGAUAAACCUGCCGAGAGGGAGGAGGGUGAGGAAAAGGAGGAUGAGGGUGAGGAAGGGGAGGACAAGGAUGAAGAGGAGGAAGAAGAGUGUGAAGCUGACAGAAAAAAAAUCAAAGAUGAGAAACCAAAGGAAAGAGAGAGGGAGAAGGAAGAGAAGAAACCCAAGGAGGACCAGCCACCGAGACCCCGGCCUCUCCACAGGACCUGCUCUCUAUUCAUGAGGAGCAUCGCCCCCACCAUCUCCAAGGCAGAGAUCAUAGCUCUGUGUCGGAGAUAUCCUGGGUUCAUGCGAGUGUGUUUGUCUGAUCCCCAACCAGAGCGCAGGUUCUUCCGUCGCUGCUGGGUGACGUUUGACCGUAGUGUCAACAUCAAAGAGACCUGCUGGAACCUCCAGAACAUCAGACUGCGUGACUGUGAGCUGGCUCCGGGGGUCAACAGAGACCUGGCCAGGAGGGUCCGCAACAUCAAUGGUAUCACUCAGCACAAACAGGUGCUGCGAAACGACAUCAAGCUGUCAGCCAAACUCAUCCACUCCCUGGACCACAGAGGCAGGCUGUGGAGCCACAAGUCCCGUGGAGAGGCAGUGUCUGCUGUAGAGGUGGCGGCCCAGAACCCCAUCCUGAAGAACAUCACUGACUACCUGAUAGAGGAGGUGAGUGCUGAGGAGGAGGAGCUUCUGGGCAGUGUGGGUGGAGCUGACGCAGAGGAGGGCACCAAGGAGGGCUACCCAGCCGAGAUCACUGUGGAAAGGGACGACAAGCUGGUCAAGGUGUUGGACCGUCUUCUCUUGUACCUGCGCAUUGUCCAUUCCAUCGACUACUACAACAACUGCGAGUACCCCAGCGAGGAUGAGAUGCCCAACCGUUGUGGCAUGAUCCAUGUGCGUGGGCCCAUCCCUCCCAAUCGCAUCGCACACGGGGAAGUGUUGGAGUGGCAGAAGACAUUUGAGGAGAGGCUGAGCCCCCUGUUCAGUGUGAAGGAGAAGCUAUCGGAGGAGGAGGCAGGAAAAAUGGGCCGGAAGGACCCGGAGCAGGAGGUGGAGAAGUUUGUGUUGGCCAACACCCAGGAGCUGGGCAAGGACAAGUGGCUCUGCCCCCUCAGUGGCAAGAAGUUCAAGGGCCCAGAAUUUGUGCGCAAGCACAUCCUGAACAAACACGGGGACAAGAUUGAGGAGGUGAAAAGGGAGGUGAUGUUUUUCAACAACUUUCUCAUGGAUGCCAAGCGACCUUCCCUCCCAGAGAUGAAGCCCCCUCCUCCGCUCGGCCCAGGACCAGGAGUUCUCUCUCCAGGCAUGCCCUUCCCUCCCCAAGGCCUCAUGGGCUUUGGGCCCGGUCAGCCUCGUCCUCCUGUCAUGGGUUACGGAGGUGGACCUCCUUACCCACCAAACCAGUACGGAGGCGGCCGGGGUAACUAUGACAACUUUCGUGGACAGGCUGGUGGCUACCCUGGUAAACCCCGCAACAACAGUUCCCCUCUGCUCUGCAUCCUGGCUGUUUCCUUCAGAAUGUCCCGGGGAGAUCCACGCAACAUCAUUGAAUAUCGUGACCUCGAUGCACCUGAUGACAUCGACUUCUUCUAGACUAUUAAUUUUAUUUAUUUUGUUUUUAAUCAUUGUGUAAUUUCCCUGUCUCAUCGCCUUAUGUAAAGUAACGAUUCAUUAGCAUUUUUUUUAUGUCUGCAGAGCAAAGGCUCGGUGCAAUUGGAACACACUUGAAUUGUAAGAAAUGUCCUCAAUAAAAACUAAUUUGACAUUA